UAGCCACAUAGCUAACUGUAACUGAGCUGUGAACUUGCUUUUCAAAUCACGGGGCUUGCAAUUCAGUCACAAGCUCAGGCUCUGUGAGAAUCCAGGGACUUGCUUAAUGAAUUAUGUCUGCCACAAGCAUUGACCCUCAGAGAUCAAAGGGACAAGCAUCAAAAGUGCAAAAUGGUUCACUGCAUCAGAAGGACACUGUUCAUGACAAUGAUUUUGAGCCAUACCUCACUGGUCAAUCAACUCAGAACAACAGUUACCAGUCCAUCACCGACCCUUAUUUGCCAAGCUACUACGCUCCUUCCAUUGGAUUUCCAUACCCCCUAAGUGAGGCUCCCUGGUCCACAGGUGGGGACCCCCCUAUUCCAUACCUCACCCCAUAUGGACCCUUGAGUAAUGGAGACCACCACUUCAUGCCGGACACAGUGUUUGGUCAGCCAGGGGGCCUGGGAAGCAGUAUCUAUCCCCACAGAUUUAACUUUUUCCCUGAAAACCCUGCCUUCUCUGCUUGGGGGACAAGUGGCUCCCAGGGCCAGCAGACUCAAAGUUCAGCCUACGGUGGCAGCUAUAGCUAUCCUCCCAGCUCCCUGGGGGGCACUCUGGUGCCUGAUGGUCAGACAGGGUUUCACAGUGACACCCUGAACAAAGCUCCUGGUAUGAACAGCCUGGAGCAGGGUAUGGUUGGCUUGAAGAUCGGUGGUGAUGUCACUGGUCAGGGAUCAGCAGUCAAGGCUGUGGGAUCUGUGAUUGGUGGACCUGCAGUGGCAGCCACAGGAAACGGAGCCACACCAAUUGGAAUGCCCCCACCCAAACCCACCUCCUGGGCGGCCAUUGCCAGCAAGCCUGCCAAACCACAGCAGCUGAAAGCUAAGGUGAAGCCAGGGAUUCCUAACCCAGGGGGAGCUCUUCCCCCACCACCCAUCAAACACAACAUGAACAUUGGGACCUGGGACAAGGGCCCAGUGACUAAAGUAGCCACAGCUCCACUGCAGCAACAGCAGCAGCCUCUUGGCCUGCCUCAUGCCAUGCCACCUCAAGCCCCCAUGCAGCAAGGACCCAUGCAGCCGCCGCCUCCUCAGUCUUUGGUGCAACCCCAGAUGCCACCUAUGGCCUUACAGCCCCAACCCCCUCACCACCAUCAGCCACCACCCCAGCCCUACCAGAACCACACCCAGCCCCCACAACCCCAGACCCGCUGGGUUGCUCCACGCAACCGUAACCAAGGCUAUGGCCAGGGUGGCCCUGGCCAUGAUGGGAGUGGUGUGAUGGGUGUGGUUGGUAGUGGAAACAAUGGCCCCCAAAUAUCUUCCAGCCAAGGACCUGGUGGAGAGUCGCACCCAGUGUUGGAGAAACUGCGGGCCUCCCAUAGCUACAACCCCAAGGACUUUGAUUGGAACCUCAAGACUGCUCGUGUUUUCAUCAUUAAGAGCUACUCUGAGGAUGAUAUUCAUCGCUCCAUCAAGUACUCCAUCUGGUGCAGCACUGAGCAUGGCAACAAGCGGCUGGACUCAGCCUUCCGGGCCAUGAAUGGUAAAGGUCCUGUAUACCUCCUGUUCAGUGUCAAUGGCAGUGGUCAUUUCUGCGGUGUGGCAGAGAUGCGUUCACCAGUGGACUAUGGGACCAGUGCUGGUGUUUGGGCACAGGACAAGUGGAAAGGCAAGUUUGAUGUGGACUGGUUGUUUGUUAAGGAUGUGCCUAAUAGCCAGCUGCGUCACAUCCGCCUGGAGAACAACGACAACAAGCCAGUGACCAACUCCCGUGAUACCCAGGAGGUACCUCUGGAAAAGGCCAAGCAGGUGCUCAAGAUUAUUGCCACCUACAAACACACAACUUCCAUCUUUGAUGAUUUCUCCCAUUAUGAGAAGAGACAGGAAGAAGAGGAAGAGGUGCGCAAGACUUUUGAACCUGCUCAGAUACAGAACCGCUCUCGGUUGGAUCAGGAGCGCCAAAACAGGAAUAAACAAUAGAAGACAUCUAUCCUUGGCUUGAUCAACAGUUACACUAGGACUUGAUUUAAAAGACAGAAGAAUAUGAAAAUGCAACCAAGCCCUUCAUUUUUUUUUCUAUUUAAUCCUGGUGAAUCUCUGCCAUUGUUGAGACUUGUGCUUUUUUUUUGCCCCAUGUACCACCACGUUUUGUGCAGGGAUAACAAGCUGAUUUAAUGUAUUACCUAGCCACCACCACACUCUUUAUUUGAUUUUUUUAUAUACAUUUUUCUUCCCAUUCCAUGACGUACUCUUCUCUCAACAGACUGGUUUUCUCUCUCUUGCCCACAUCCCCCUCCUCUUUCCAAUUAAAUCAGGGUUUGACUGCACCAUGGAGGAAAAAAAUCUGCCACUUUAUAUUUCAGUACAAUCAGGAACGGAUGUGUCCUGCCCCUGUUUGUCCAUUUGGGGGCAACAUUGCCAUGCUUCAGAGGUUUAACUGUGCCAACAGGGUUGGAGGAUCCCAAAGGCAAUGUCGGACUUGGAACUGUGCGAUAAUAAAACUUCAAUGGUUUAUCUAUUUUUCAUUCAAAUCGACAAAAUCUAUUUUUUGGCUUACUACUGACAAUUUUCAUUUCAGAAACUUGUUUUCUGGAGCCUUAACAUUUUUUUUCUAAUUAUUGGUGACUUUUCAAAAGAACUGCUCAAACAGUGACACUGCUGGAGAAAUCAGGGAUAGUGUGAAGUCACACGGGACUCGAGACAUUUCAGAGGAGGAAUUGCAAAGGCCUCUGGGAAAGAUAUAAUGGAUGUGUCCUCCACAACCAGAACUCUCACCAUUUAAAUCAAAAAUUGUACUAUUGACAUCUUUCACACCCCUCUGCUUUGCUUUCUUUUGAUGUUUGUCUUGAAGGGGUCCUUUGUAUGUUUCAUCAGGAUUUUCUGCCUGUGUAUACAACCCAGUCUGAGAGAAUUGUCGCAUCCACCAUCUUAAAUUACUUUAUCAGAUUUAUGUAAUGAUGUAACUGCUGCAUUGAAUCAAUUGUUGCUAUCAUAUUUUUCUUCCACGAAAAGGGGGAAGGUUCAGAUAUUUGUCCAGUCACCGUCAUUCUGUCUUAAUCCUUUUUCUUUUUUUCCUUUAAUUUGGUUUUGCUAAGUCUAUCAUGUUGGUCAUAAUGCUAAGCUUUAACGUAGGAGCCUAUAUAUUCAUGGAGAAAGCCUAAAAAUGUAUAACCUAAAAAUUAAUGUAACUGAUUUAAUAUCAAGUAAGAAAAAAUAAGAAUGAGAUGUGGUUUCUGUGUGUUUUUUGGUUGUUGCGACUAUAGUUUGUUCUAGACUGAAGCCAUUGAUUAUGAUACUGUAAACUACAUUGAGGUAUGUUUAAAAAAAUUGGAUAUUAAAAAAUAAAAAUAUUAAUAGA